GCAGGGAGGGGCGGGGCUCGGGGCGGCGCCACCGGCCAGGGACAGUGAUGGGCACGCCCCGGCCAAGGGCCUCGGCGGGCGCCGGAAGACACGCGGACAGCGGCAGCCCAGCAGUGCCAAGUUCACGAUGGGGUCCCAGGUCUCGGUGGAUACAGGAGCUGUGCAUGUGGUGAUUGUAGGCGGGGGCUUUGGAGGGAUAGCGGCUGCCAGCCAGCUGCAGGCACUGAAUGUCCCCUUCAUGCUGGUGGACAUGAAGGACUCCUUCCACCACAAUGUGGCAGCCCUCCGGGCCUCCGUGGAGAGUGGAUUUGCCAAAAAGACGUUCAUUUCUUACUCAGUGACCUUCAAGGACAACUUCCGCCAGGGCAAAGUGGUUGGCGUAGACCUGAAGAACCGUACAGUGUUGCUGCAGGGCGGUGAGGCCUUGCCCUUCUCACAUCUUAUCCUGGCCACAGGCAGCACCGGGCCCUUCCCUGGCAAAUUUAACGAGGUGUCCUGCCAGCAGGCAGCCAUCCAGGCCUAUGAGGACAUGGUGAAACAGAUCCAGCGCUCACCGUUCAUCGUGGUGGUGGGAGGCGGCUCAGCAGGAGUGGAGAUGGCAGCCGAGAUUAAAACUGAAUACCCCGAGAAGGAGGUGACUCUCAUCCACUCCAGAGUACCCCUGGCCGACAAGGAGCUCCUGCCCUGUGUGCGGCAGGAAGUCAAGGAGAUCCUUCUCCGGAAGGGUGUGCAGCUGCUGUUGAGUGAGCGGGUGAGCAAUCUGGAGGAACUACCUCUCAAUGAGUACCGGGAGUACAUCAAGGUGCAGACGGACAAGGGCACAGAGGUGGCCACCAACCUGGUGAUCGUGUGCAAUGGGAUCAAGAUCAACAGCUCUGCCUACCGCAGUGCAUUCGAGAAUAAACUGGCCAGCAAUGACGCUCUGAAAGUGAAUGAGUUCCUCCAGGUAGAAGGUUACAGCAAUAUUUAUGCCAUCGGUGACUGUGCCGAUAUCAAGGAGCCCAAGAUGGCCUAUCAUGCUGGCCUGCAUGCCAACGUUGUCGUGGCCAACAUUGUCAACUCCAUGAAGCAGAGGCCUCUCAAAGCCUACAAGCCAGGUGCGCUGACCUUCCUCCUGUCCAUGGGCAGAAAUGAUGGCGUGGGCCAGAUAAGUGGCUUCUAUGUGGGCCGCCUCAUGGUGCGGCUGGCCAAGAGCAGGGACCUCUUCGUCUCCACAAGCUGGAAAACCAUGCGGCAAUCUCCGCCAUGACAGGGAGGCUGCGUGGGAGUUUGCGGUACUGCUUGGAGGGGGUGACAGACUGCUUGACAAAGGACACCCUCCUGACAGGUGCCCAGGGCAGAAGCUCUUUGUCUGGAUCAUGGUGUCAGUCGUGGGAUGACUGGAAAUGCAACUUGUGUAAAGCCAAAAUGAGAGACAGAGAGUAAAGAGGGGAGACAUUAAAAAAGAAAAAAAGCCCUAGAAGAUUCGUUCUGGGUUUGGAAGGUUUGCUUGCAGCUGUGCCAGCUAAAGGGUCUUGGGGCAGCAGAGGGGGUUUUCUGUACAGUAGACUUCCGUCUGCGUGCACGUGAAUGCAUAGGGCUUUGGACGCAGUGUGCAGAGCUCCCGUUGGGCAGAGCUGGGCUCCUCUAGGUGGCGUCCUGCUUGUAGUAGAGUCACAGCACAAGACAGCUAGAGUGCUGGAGACAGCCUGUGAGACGACCUCUCCUCACUUGGGGCGGGCAAGCUUGUAUACCCCACAGUAAGUGGGUUAUUAAUAGGGACCUCGUUUUAUUCUCCCAAACUUAGUAUCUGCACAUUGCUAUCUCUUUCUUCUCUCCUUUCUCUCUCCCUCUAACUCUCCCCCACCUCCAGUGUUUAUCUACAUUAUUCAGACUGGCCUGGAAGUCCUGAGCUCAAGUAAUACUCCUGCCUCAGCUUCUCUAGUCCCUGGGGACCCUCUUAACUUUCAUGUCCCUUUAUCUCCAUAUCCAUCUCACUGUAGGUCAUAGAUACAUUCACAAAGAGUUAGACAAAACUCCCCUCUAGUUAGUCCAUCUGAUGUGGAAAUCUCUUCCCGGUGAAAGAUAAAAGCAACGUCUGUCCCCUUCUCCUUAGGUCUCAAUAGCAAACCAAGGCACAAGUUUGUAAAACUUUAUUCUGGGGAACCAGUGAGUUUAUUGGGGGUUCCUUAUAUAGUAUCGGAGGGGUGUGAGUGCUUCUCCCCACAACAGGCCAAACCUGGAAAUCUUUAACCAACACGGAUGAGGGCUUCAUUACCUAUGGAGCAGCAUGAAUGGAGUCCUGUCUCCUAGCCUUUCCUGGCCUAUAUUCUUUAGCCCCUCCUGGAGGCCACAUGGGAUUAAGGCAGUGUUGGAUGCACCAGGCGGUAGGAUGCUGCCGGAUACACAGGUGAGGGUCUCCUGCCUCCCCGCCAAUCAAUCCACAAGCAUAGAAGCAGUCAACAGUGCCAGCGGGCACAUUCCUUUUAAAACGGAGCAGAUGCCCGGUGGUUCACACCUUUAAACCCAGCACUUGGGAGGCAGAGACAGGGGAGUCUCUGUGAGUUCAAGGCCAGUCUGGUCUACAGAAGAGUUCUAGGACAGCCUCCAAAGCAAUACAGAGAAACCCUGUCUCAAAAAAAAGGGGGGGUGAGAAACUGAUCCCCCACCCCGGGAUGUGGUCGCUUGGCUCUGAGGAUAGUCACCAAACACCAUCCUAGCAGGGUGAAUUUUAUAAGUCUGGCUUGCCACUGCUGUAGGAAUCCCAGGAAGGAGAUCUAUGACUCGGGGCAGGUACUAGCUGCUUGACCUUCAGAGAGCAGACUGGCACCUGUGGGUGAUUUGAUUUCCAGGUUAUCGUCACAGGCUGCUGCUGGGACAUGGGGUGGGAGGCUAUGCUGGCUGCCGAUUCCUGGUCAGCUCCUGUCACUCAGGCCCUCACUGGCUAUCAUGUCUACUACAGACUGCCAAGGUACACAAAUGACUUCUCUCUCCAAGUGAGCUCACCCAGCAGGGAAGAGCUCAUUGUGCAUGGCCCAAGGUGAAUGUCCAUGGCAGAAAAGACAGACUGUGAGUACACUCCAGCAGAUUGAGACAUCACCCUCUCCACCCUGCCUCUCCCCGCUUGUUUCUGGCCUUGGCCUCUGGUUAUGAGUGACAGAAUCCUUGAGCAUCCUCCCUGAUGCUCCCAGGCCAUCUCCACUGGUACUGUGGCUAAGGUCUGUUCUGUUUAGUUGCACAGGCCAGAGUUGAGACUUGAGUCUCCCUCCAGGGAAUGCUGACCCCACUGGCAGUUUUGCCACCGCCUCUGCUGCUCUGGAUGCUAGCCAGCAGGCUCACCCUCUCUGAAGGCAGAACCAACCGUCUGCAGAAAGCCAGCCAUGAUGCUGGCUGACCAGGAGCCUUAGCACGGUGGGACUCUUCGGUGACAGACCUUUGGGCGAUUUCUUUACACUGGUGGCGACAGUUUUCCAAGAGGAGGAAAUAUUGCAAUAAAGGGAUAUAUUAUAAGAAA